UUAAAAUUUAGGGCUGAAAUUAUGUUUUUAUUAUAUUUCGUUUUCGGACUUCUUUUAUGUUUUUCCUCUGCCAAUUUUCCAAACAAGGAAGAUGCUGAUAUUGGAAUGUCUGUUGGUGAUUCUGCUGCCACAAAGUUGGUUCGUAGUGCUUUGGAAUAUCAGCUUCGUUCACCACAUUUAAUUAAACUAAAAUUGCGAAGUGCCGAAGACGUUUGGUUUCAUGAUGUUGCUAAACUUAACUCUAAGAACAGCGUUUCAAUAGGUAUAAACAUAAAACAUUUUUUAAAAAUAUUUUUAGGAUCAUUAAAUGUGCGUUUUCCAAAUGAUAAAAUAAUUGAAGCAGAAGCUCGUCAUUUAAGUCUAAAUUCUUCAACUCUUGUAAAUGAUGCUUCUUUACCUUUAUUUUUUCUUGAUCGCAAAAAUGUAGUGGUGGAUGUUGAGGUUGACCAUGCCUUUCUUCAACUUCGAGUUGAACAUCCAGCCUCUCUUUUUAUGGAAAAUUGUUCUAUUAAAUUAGAAAACGUAAACUUUGGUGUUGAGCGAACUUAUCUUUUAAAUACUGUUUUUAAUGCUUUUGGGAAGACUUUAUCUGUUGGAAUGAUUAGGGAUAAAGUUUGUGAUAUGCUACAGGUUGCUGUUAUGCAUUUACGACGAGAGUUUAGCAUAGAAUUACCAUUUAAAAUGCUAAUUCCUGACAAGUUUAUUCGACACUUACAAAAUGAUCGAGUUAUUCUCCGCUCGCGUAUUAAUUCAAUUAAAGCAGUUUCAAAUCAAAUUGCUGUCACGGUCGUUAUGGAAUGGAAAGUUGACGAGGUACCAACUACUGAACGUACUUCUUUUGUUGAUAGUGAGAGUUUACAUUUUAAUGAAACGGAAAUUAAAAAAUUGAAAAAUGGCGAGGAGAAGGCUCAACAAAGUGAUCAUAAAAUGCAAUCGUCUCCAUUGGCUGACUUCAAUUCUUCAUCAGUUAGUGAAGCAAUUUUAAUUUGGAUAGAGGACCGAUUAAUUAAUGAUUUAUUAAAACAAUUUCGGUGGGAUGUUCAGUGGAUUAAUGAAGUUGUUGUUUGCCCGCAAUGUUUCUUCCUUUUCAAUAUAAGUUCAAAUGGUCUUCCAAAUGUUCAAAUCCUGGCAGAUAAGUCAAUCAUCAUCAGAAGUAAUAAUCGAAUAACCGCUGCAGUAUUAAAUCCAACUUUGGGGCAUUCUGGCAAACGCCGAACAGCAAUUGAUCUUUCAAUGCUUCUUCAACUUAAAUUAGUCCCUCAAAUACAAAAUGGAAUUUUCCGUACACAUUUAGAGCUUAUGGAACGUAAAGUAGAGGUUCAAAAAGAAAGUGCUUUCCCUUCAGAAUUGUAUGGAGCUGUUGAACAAUUAAUACAAGAUUUAAUUGCCGAAGAUAUGUGGCCAUUAUUGCAACGUGAGCUUGAACCACUCAUUUACCAAUCGGGCAUUCAAUUACCUACAAGAUGUGGACUUGACCCUACAUCUGCACAAUUAUAUUUUGAACAAGGACGUUUGGGUGUGUCCGCUCGAUUAGAAAAUAAUUUGGAAGAAGUUUCUUUCCAUCAAUGUCUUCAGCAAUUUAAAAGUGGAUUGCCGGAUGCUUCUAAAUUAUUUAAUGAUUUGUCAACUCGACAUAAAUACAAAAGUAAACGAUUUAUACGUCUUGGCUAG